AUGUCCAUUACUGCUAAACUCAGUACGGUAAAUCUUAAUACUGACAAGGAAGCCAAACAGGCUGCCAUCAAUGACAAAAAAAUUAGAUAUGGUGGAGAUGUUGUGCAUUUUUCACCGGGGACCGACAUUGUUCGAGAAGAUGGGGUUCUAACUGUUUCCAAACAGGCUCAAGCUGAGUCUAAAUAUCCUCAAUGGCUGCCAACCUGGGACCCCAAGCUACGUUUCGAUGACGAGCCUCGUUUCAGCCACGUUGAUCGUGGUUUCUUUGCCGAUCCCGAGCUGAAACGAUUGUUUCCUCAAGGCGGAGACCAUAAGCUCAAGAAUCUCACCCCUAAACUGGGAACUGAGGUUGAGGGAGUCCAACUGUCUCAAUUGACCCCAGAGCAGAAGGACGAUUUGGCGCUUUUCGUCGCCCAGAGAGGUGUGGUUGUCUUUAGAGACCAAGAUCUGCGAGACAGACCCUUGGAAGAGAUUAAAAAGUUUGGCCAAUACUUUGGUCCUCUUCAUAUCCACCAGACAUCAGGCGCUCCGGACGGAUUCCCGGAAUUUCACAUUGUGUACAAAAGACCAGGCGCCUCAAAAGCAUUGGAGAACAAGAUCAGUGUGCCUGCAUGGCACUCUGACACCACGUACGAGCUACAGCCACCGGGAACAACUUUUUCGGUGUUAUCGAAGGUCCAGAAGCAGGUGGAGACACACUGUUUGCUAAUGCAAUUGAAGCUUACGAGCGCGGCUUUAUCCCAGGGAUCUAUCCAGAGAAAGAAUUUCACUCCUGAGACAGUUCAUCCUCUAGUCAGAUACCAUCCUGUUUUGGGUAAAAGAUCUAUUUACGCUAAUAAGGUUUUUGGUACAAGAAUUAUUGGCCUUAAACAGGAGGAAAGUGAUCUGAUUCUUGACUUCAUUCAAUUCUUCAUUGCUGCUGCUCUGGAUUUGCAGGUACGUGCAAACUAUAAGCCAGGCACUGUUGUUGCCUGGGAUAACAGAACUGUUUACCACUCCCCUGUUUUCGACUUUGAUUACGAUGCACCAGUAAGACACUGUUUCCGUAUUACGCCAAUUGCGGAGAGACCUGUAGGAUCGAAGGAGGAGUAUGAAUCCUGGUCGCCCAAUGGGGAGGAAAAAACAGUGGAAGAAUGGGAAGAGCUGUACGCAGGCGGAGUCCCAGACUUGAAAACUGUUUUGUCUAGUUGA